AUGGCUUCUGCGGACAAAGGCGAGAAUGGCGCGCCCGUCGCAGCCAAGGCGACAAUGUCGCUGCCCCUCCGCACCAACAGCGACCCCUCGGCGCCGCCGCCAGGAAACGCCUUGACUGGCAAACAGGAGCAUUACCUGAAGCGCGAGCUGAUGUCCCAACAAGUCAAGUGGGAGAUCAACGAACUCAACUCCCCAACGGCGCUCCAACGGUUCGGCGCACCAUUUCGAUCUGAGCGCGGCGAGGUAUCUCCACAGGAAUCGGAGCUUCCCAUACUUCGAUACAUAUUCGUUCACCAUGUCCGCGACUUUCCCUUCCUCGACAAGGCGAGGGAGAAGGAGUUCUGGCAGGACAAGCUGCAAGUGUUCCUCGAGUCCUUUGCGGGAAAGCAAAUAUCGUCGUCCGAGGACCGCCUCGAGGAGACCAAGCGCCGCAAGCUCGCCAUCAAGGCGCAGAAGCUCGUCGAGCUCAUGAUGGUUUCGGGCAUCCCCACAUCGUCCGGCUUCGAAGAGCGCAUCCGUUUCAGCGAGCUCGAGAUCGUGGACAGCAAUGCGAUCGACACCGGCGUCCUACACACCAUACCCGAGGGUAACUACAUCAAUGGUUGGGAUGUCAAUGUGGCGGGCGUGCGCGUCACGUCGGUCAAAAGGAAUAUACGCUACCACAAGCACGCCGAGUUCCUACUCCGAAUUAAGAGAAAGGGAGAGCUGGAGCAUUUUGUCGGCCGCAGAUACGGGGACUUCGCCAAGCUUUCUAAGAACCUGAAGACGGAGCUCCCGGGGAGGGUACUGCCACAGCUGCCCAAGAAGAACAAGUCGAGCUCGACAGCAUCCGGGGUAUUCUCGGCGUUCAGCAAUGGCGACGAUUCCGAUGCCUCUUCCAUUUCGUCUCUCUCUACCCGCUUCACAGGUGCCGUACAGGAUUCCACCGAGGGCAGCUCAUCCCUGCUCUCACCUUCGGGGGGAAUAUCCUCGCGCAAGCCAGGCUCCAUCACCUCGGCCAGAUCAAUUCGGUCCAGAGCCUCCCCCCGCCCAUCAGUAGAGAACCGCGGCAGCCCCGGCACAGGGCCCGGAACCCCUGUGGCCAGCGAGGAGACGGUCAUUCUUUGGCGCGAAAACCAGCGAAUCUCAUUGCGCGCAUGGAUUCGGUCUUUGCUUCACAACCCACAAGUAGCCAACACCAAGGCAAUGAUGGAGUUCCUCAGUGGCAAUCCCAUCACUCCGACUGAUGAGGAUGUCGACGACAUCGUAAGGCGGAAGGCGAUCGAUGAGAAGCGCAUCGAGGAGCAAAAGAAGUUUUACGAGAUUGCCAGGAAGCGUGCGGCAGAGCUGGACGAGUACAUGGAGCAAUUCCGCCGCGAUAUCGUGGAGAGCCACGGCUUGACCAUGCUCUUCAAAGAGAUCAAAGAAAAGCAGACGAUCGACGACCUCAGCAUUCAGUACCGAAAGUUUGCCGAAUGGCUUCGAAUUGAGAUUGCUGCCGUCAUCUACCACCUCUUCCUCGCGGAGGACAAUUCUCCAGAGAUGUUCGCCCAAGCAAGGCGCAUCCACUCCCUCAUCCCGUAUUCCGUCAUCAAGAACGUCAUUCGCAUUGCCAAUCCGGCGGCUGUCAUGUCGGGUAUCUUGGACAUCUUUCUCGCUCAGCCCUUUGGUGCCAGGUCGUUGAUGCAGCGGAUUUUCUCGCUGACGCUGAACGAUGGCAUCAAGAGCUUCCAGAGGUCAAUCGACACGUUGACAACCAAGAUCGGCGACCCCGUGUUUACGGAAAAGAUCCAGAAGUAUACCAACGCUGAGGAAGAGAUCAAGAUGGCCAUCCGUGAAGAGGCUGAGAGCGAAGACAUCGACAUCAUCGUGGCAAUCCUGCGGUCGGACCUGCUCGAGCCAGACUUGACUGGGGAACAGAUUCAACGCCUGUUCAACGCUUAUGUCGCAUUCAACAACGCCGUCGAGAAUAUCGAUGAAGAGCUCAAGCAGGGGGCGCAGCUUUUCUCCUACUUGAAGCAGCUUUUGAAGCUGUGCACCAGGCAGCGCGAUAAGGCUAUGAUGCUAAACCUGAUCGAAGAGCCCGUGACUCUGCAGCUCUUCCGCGACCUUUUCACGAUCUUCUACGAGCCGCUUGUGCGAGUGUACAAGUCUGCCAAUGUCUACAGCAGUGUCACAGAUUUUGCCGUGUUUAUCGACGAUAUGAUACAGGUUGUCGACAAGUGCAGGGAGCAGGAUGCUUCAGCAGAUCCCAAUCAGACGGUCCAGGCGUUUAUUGACCUGUGCCAGAGGCACGAACACAAUUUCUACAAGUUUGUGCACGAGGUGCACACCCACGACAAUGGGCUCUUCACGCAGCUCAUGGGCUGGAUUGAGGGGAUCCUGGAAUUCCUUCGCAAGGGGCCAAAUAACGGCAAGUUAAACGUCAACGCAUUGUUCGAAGGCGGUGCCAGUGCUGGCAUCGUAGACAAGGAGAAGGCGAUUGAGGAGAUCAACUCGUUGAUCGCGUGGCAAGAGGCACGCAAGAAGUGGCACAACGACAAGACGCGCCAAAAGAUGGCGGCCGAGGGGCAGCCGGGUGGCCCCCUGGGUGGACUCGGGAUGAACUUCAACUCUUCCGACUUCGGAUUGGACGGGCAGGACCUCCAGGACAUGGCGUAUGACGACGGGUCCGAAUCAGAGGACGAAGCCGAGGAGGACGACGAGCUCGACCCCAUUGAGGCGGAACGGAGAAGACGAGCGAAGCAGCAGGACCGCCUUCGACGAUCGGCAGGCGAGCCUGCGAAGCCUCCCGUGUCCGAGGUGCACAAGCUGACGGACAACUUCUUGGUGAUGCUGCGAGACGUGCUGGCAGACUAG